AUGGCCCCAAGUGUUCCAUAUUUCCGACCUGCCACCGACGCCCAAGGGCUUGCCAACUACCCACACGCGCGGAUAGUGAACCAUGGCAAAAGCCAUUACAUCUACGUCUCUGGAACAUCGUCCCGCCGCGGCGACGGCAGCUUUGUCGGAGCGACCCGCUCAGAAAAGGGCGACCUGAGCCUCAACAUCAGGGACCAGAGUGCCGCUGUUCUAGACAACAUCCGCAAGAUCAUCGAAGAGGCCUCAGCGGGACAGGCGGGCAUGCACAAUGUGGUAGACGCCACUGUCUUCUUGGUGGAUAUGCAGAGGGAUUACAAGGAUAUGAAUGAGGAAUGGAAUAUAAUCUGGCCUGAUCGCCAGACAGCACCGGCACGAACAACGGUUGAAGUGCGGGCUUUGCCACGGGAGGAGAUUCUCGUGGAAAUCAAGUGCACCGCCUACUACGAAUCCACUUAG